AUAUAUUUCUGUGGUAUUAGCUGUGCUGAAAUGACCUUUUGUUUAGACCCUGGUGAUUAGGAUGGUGUUUAUGUUUAUCAGGGAACUGAGAUAUUAUGAUGAAGGCUGGUGGGCAGAACUGAGACUGAAGAAAAAGAACCAUAGGAGAACAAGCCCUCUAGCGCUGGUGGUAUAGUGGGAAGCAUGUAUGCCUUCCAAGCAGUUGACCCUGAUUAAAUUCCUGGCUACUAAAUGACCUUUGUGAGGGGAAGUGGCGAUUAGGCUGGGUUAUUGAUCACAGGAUUGAAAGCUUGAAAUCCAGUUUAAUCAAGCUGCCGAUGUUGGUGUGUGUUGGUGUGUGUGUGGCUGCUGAUCAAGUCCACCACACAUUCUUAGAAUGUUAUUUAUCCAUUUUUAAUUAUUUUUUUAGAAUUUUAUUCCUCAUGUUUUCUCCAUUUUCUCCCCAACGUACACAACCAAUUCCCCAACCCACUCACUAGGACUCCCCCCAUCACUAGCGAUGCCCCAACACCAGGAGGGUGAAGACUAGCACAUGCCACCUCUGAUACAUGUGAAUUCAGCCACCGCCUCUUUUCAAACUGAUGCUGAUGCAGCAUUGCUGAGUAGCAUCACAGUGCGCUCGGAGAAAUGUGCAGCGACUCGGUUCCGAUACAUCAGCUCACAGACGCGGCCUUGUGCUGAUUGACAUCACCCUUAGGAGUGAAGUGGGGAGAAAGCACCAUCUACCCACCCAGAGAGAGAGCAAGGCCUAUUGUGCUCUCUCAGGGCUUCGAGAGCUGAUGGCAAGCUACAUGAUUCGAUGAACAGGAUUCGAACCAGUGAUUUUAAUUUUUCGUUUUGGGAAUGUUAUUUUUAACAUUUCCAUAACAUUAGAGCUUGUAUAGCUGGGAAUGUUAUGUGAUAAAUGGUCUAAUAACAUUGCGAAUUAUUGAGCAUCUGUGGGGCAUCCUCAAAUGGAAGGUGGAGGAGCAUAAGGUCUCUAACAUCCAUCAGCUUCAUGAAGUUGCCAUGGAGGAGUGGAAGGAGUGGAAUAUUUGCACUUUGAGCACAGCUUAGUUAUUUUCACAAAGAAGUGUACUCACUUUGGUAGUCAGCGGUUUAGACAUUAAUGGCUGUGUGUUGAGUUAUUUUGAGGGCACAACAAAUUUACACUGUUAUACAAGGUGUACACUGACUGUUUUACAUUGUGUCAAAGCGUCAUAUCUUCAAUGUUGCCCCAUGUAUGAAUAUGUACAAAUUUUAUUUCCAUUUAAAACUCUGUGGCGUCCAGCACUAGACUUAAUCCCUUAAUCCCUAUCUGUUUCCCACACAGAUAGAGUGAUUUUUGUUCUGGGGAAGGACAUGAUGAUACGAGAUUAGAACCUGUUUCUGCUGCUCUUUAAUGUUGCAUUAUGAAGAGCACGACGUAGCCUUCACGAUCAUCAGAGCUGAACAUCAAGAUGCUACACAUUACUGACGCAGCCACGUUGAGAUACUGGAAAAUAGUUUUCAGUUCAGUCAUUAAUAUUAAGUUUUGAUAUGUGUUGAAGACGAGUCAGAGAGGAAUGGAUAUCACAGAUUUUAAUCUGAACAAUGAUGAGUCCUUUAAUAAUGAGUCAUUUAAUGAUGAGUCAUUUAAAAACUCUGUGCUCUAUAGUGGUCUAUCCUAUGGGGUCCUGAUCAUUAAAGAACAGGCUGAAAGGAGGAUAAUAACGUAUACAGAGAAACAGAUACUGAACUACAGUCUGUGAUUAUAGAAUUAUGCUAAAUGCUCAGUGGAGCUGAUAAAAAAUGGGGAAAAAUUAAACAGUGGGUGUAGAUACAAGGAGGUGGUCAUAUAUGUACAGCCCUUUAACUUAUAUAUUUAAUAUAAAUGUAAAAAUAUAUAUACAAAUAUAUUUACAUAUUAGGCAUAACUAUCUAUUUUUUUAUUUAAUUAAGGGGAGACCCAUCUUGUGCUCUCUCUCUCUCUCUCUCUCUCUCUUUUUGUUGAUGUGAAUGUUUUGAGAUGUGAAUGUUGAGAUCUGUCAAUCAUCAUAUACUUUAUACGUUUAUGUGACUGUAAUGCUAAGAUGAUUUUUCAUAUAUAUUUUACAAUAUCUUUUAAACUUUGACUUCUAGUCGUGCUGUUCAUCUUCUUACUGGAAUCUUUCCAGUCACUCAUUAUGACUGGGUUUCACAAAGUUUACACAUUUUAUCUUAUAUAGUCUCGCUGUGGUAUUCGGUAAUGUUGUAAAAGAGGAAAUGAAAGAAUGUAUGAAUAAUAUUUUAUAUAAUAACUGUCGCUAAAAAUAAGAGACAUUGAAUGGCCGGUAGCUGGUAGGAGUGACUGUUGUAAAGCUUCCAGUAAGAGCUGUACAUUUGGCAUUCUGUACAUUUUUGAGUCAUUUUAAGAAGUUUCUAAUACUACAGUGUUUUAUCCUGUAGCUUAUUCAAGUGCUUUAAGUGAAUUAACUAUUUGUAAUAAGUGAAUGUUUUUGUAUUGGACAGAGGUAACUGAAUGAAAAUUAAUAAGAUUAAUAAAAAAUGUAAUAAAUGUGCUCAUUUCUGACCGACAUAAGUAACAUCAGUUUGUUUAUUAUAAUACACAAAUAAAAAUGUAAUCACACAGAUACAGAUUUAGCAAAUUUAUCAGAGAAAUACUGUUUAUUUUCUGUUAGUAAGGCUGUGUACUUUUUUAAACUGUGAUCUGAAAGCCUCAAAGCAUGUGUAACAGAUAUGCAGCCAAACUCCUCCCCCCAACGAGCAUGUGGUUUAAAGCUUUCCACACACAGCAGUGUGUCAGUGUGCGUCUCCGUGCUGCACUGUGAAUCACUGUCUCAUCUUCAGUCUCAUCUUCAGCCAAGAGCCCUCCUCUACACUGACAAGAUGAAGAUUCACCUCACUCUCUGGAGCCUGUGUCAUCUCCCACUCAUUGUCUGUCUAGUGGGCUUCAGUGAGGCACAGCCACAGAUUGGCUGUGCUGACUGGGAGCUGGGAGAUAGAAAUAACGUGUGCUGUAGAGCGUGCCAUCCAGGAAACCGCUUGGUGACGACAUGUGGACCAGAUCCCACCAAGCUGUGUGAACCUUGUGAGGCCAACAGAUUCAUAACCCACCCUAAAAAGAAGUACUGUGAUGUCUGCAGGGUCUGCACAGAACCACAGAUUCAGCUGAAAGCCUGCACUGCUGCCUCUGACACUGUGUGUGGCUGUGAACCUGGGCUUCGCUGUGGGGACCAGCCGUGCUCCUUCUGCGUGGAUGAGUGUGGGAAAGGCCAGGAGCCAGUAAAACGGGGUUGCAGGACAUGCCCUACGGGAACAUUUAAUGACAAGAUCCACAGCAGCUGUAAGCCUUGGAGAUCAAGCUGUCCGGAUGACAAGGUGCUUGUAGCCAAAGGUGAUGCAUUCAGUGAUAUUAAGUGCAAGGGUAAAACAAAAAACACUACUGUGUCUCAAGAAUUCAACACAGUGGAACCAUUGCUGGUGAAAACUACCAGACCAUCAGAUGAUCCUAUCUGGCCAAUCGUUGGAUUAGCUGCAAGCUUUGCUGUAGGUACCAUCAUCCUCAUUUUAUCUCUGGGGCUGGCUUACAGAAGAAGAAAAAACAAGACCAAAGCAGAGACCAAAACAGUGAUCAAGACAGAGACCAUGGACCCGAUGCCAGAAACCUCACCUAUAGCAGAGCUGAGGGUCAUCAUGGUGGAGCCUGACGAUGCCUGCAGCUUCCGCCAACCUGAACAAGAGCAAGGAGGCAGCCUGGAGUCCAUCGAUUCUGAGAACUCGGAAUCUAAGCUCAUAGUGUGAUCUUCAGGGACGACUUCUUAAAUCUUCUUGGUCUUGAGUUGUACACCACAAUUGCUGAGGAGCUGGCUCCUGGAGCUGUGGCUGUUUCUCCUGUUCUGCGGCCCAGUUUCAACCGUUUCUGCAGUUUCUAGUGGAGUGGAUUUGAGUUAUAAACUUUGGAGAAUGGAGUUGCGUUCAACAGCUGCCUUUCUUUCAAACUCAGGAACUUUCUGAACGCUGUUCCAGCAAGAAAGCAAUGGAGUAUGGGCUGUUUUACUUGAAAAUCUGUGUGACAGAAAAAAUAUACAAAAAAAAAAGAACACACACACACAUAUAUAUAUACAUAUAUAUAUAGGAGCACUUAAUUAUCAUCCUUUUACCUUGUCAUCCAAUGGGCAGGACCCUACAGGACCACCACAGAGCAGCUAUUAUUUUGGUGGAGGAUUGCAGCAACCUGAUGCUGGGUUAUGAGAUGUAAGUGGAUGUGUGCUGCUGGAGUUUUUGAACACUUUGACCACUCAGUUACUCCUAUACUCCUAUAGACACUCCUGUAGACACUUCACUACUCCUUUAUCAGUGUUCACAGGACGCUGUUCAAAAUGUUGCUGAAAAAAGGAUAGUGAACAAAGAAACAAGGUGGUGACCAUAAAGUUUGGCUUGUUCAGUGUACAUACAAGAGACUUAAACAAUGCUAUGUUUUUUUCCCAUAAAUGUCUGUAUUAAUGUAAAGGGUUGUUGCUCAAGACAGACAGGCUUCUCAGCCACGUAGGAGUGUAGAAUGUGAACCACAAGUUUGACACUUCACAGCGGAGUGGGCGUAACCCACGAUCUACUGCGUCAACGUUUAGAGGUCGCAGGCUUCUUGAAAUACCCUGGUGGGCUUCCCCUGGUUUCCUGCUUUAAAUGGCAGGUUUUUUUUUUGUUUUUUAAAGGCAGUAUUUUAAAUGUCUUCUCCAAGAGAUAGUUCGUCUGGCUCAGGGGGAGGAUUAUUGAAAUACGCUGGGUUUUUUUACCUCACAAAAUUCCUGGCACUGCACAAGCAAAAGCCGGUGACAUUCCUGUUUCUGCACUGGUAAUUUUGCAAGCACUUCUUAAGAAACGCAGUGAGGGAAAACUACAGACAUCGUAGGCACUUUUGUCCACAUGUAUUGCACAGGCAGAUGUAGAUUAUGUAAAUAGUUAUGUUUCUGACUCUAUAAAUAAGGCAGCCUUGAAAUAGUGGGUGGUAGAGCAAAACGGAAGUUCGGUUUCCUGUAACAAGUCAAGGGGAGCUGGCUGAAAGGAGCACACGUGUUCUACAAGGGUUUCCCCUGACAGGACUUCUCUUUCCUGGUCAUUAGAAAAGCACUGGAGAAACAAGUGCUACAGAAUAAGAACUGGACUUCCAGCGCUUCACGGUUAAUCCAGUAAUUUUGACCUGAAAUGUUAUACAGCUGACUCAUCCCAGGACCUUUAUACAUGCUAUCGCUCAUGCUAUGGUAUUACAACAGGCGAAGCACAGGCGGGUCAGCAGUUUUGUAAUAUAAAGAUUUUCCAGUGACUCAGAGUGAGUCUACAGAUAAGCUGACCUGCCUGCUUCAUUAGACUUAGACUUUUUUUACCCGCCGUUUUAAAAUGUCAGGGUCAGUGUCAAUAUAAUGUGUUCUUUUUGUGUCUGAAGGACAGUAGUUUAUAUUUCAUACAAACACUGAAACUGAAACUGUGAAACAAUAUAUCAUUUUUCAGGAUUCAGGACUCUGAAUCAACACAUUAUUACAGAUAUAGAAGAAUGAUAACCAUCACUUUAAAGCCUUCACUUUUUUACAUUUUAUACAGUAUUGUUUUGGUCUGUGUGCUGCCUAUCAUAAAGUUUUACAAUCAAGUUUAUUUUUACACUUAAGUUCAGCUUUACCUUUAAGUUUUAAGUUGUUAUGUUAAUUAUGUAGGUUAGCGGAGGAAGAAGGUCAUGAUAAUGUACUUAUCAUGACUAAAAGACAAAAAGAGGCAGCAGUGUAUUAGGUGGUAAGCAAUUUAAAAUUUUCCUUCUUGCUGGAGUUAAUUUAUUUUUCAUUAAUCUUGCUCUGUAUUGUACUGAGUGAAAAUGCUAAAUGCUAAUAGCUAACAGCUAACGACAACACAGCUAAGCAUACAUAUGUAGCAGUGAGAUCUCUAUACAUUGGCAAUGUCAGGAUUUUAUUGUAUUGUUGCCUUUUGUGAGAGCUUGUAAGAAAGGCUUUUAGAGAAUGUGCACAAAUAUGGAUACAUGUUUCUGUGUUUGGACUUAGCGCUAAACACAAAUGAGCCUUGAAAAGCAUUUUUUCUGAUUUUCACCAUUCGAGUACUCUCAAACGCAUUCAAUGAUGUCGAGCUCUGGACUUUGUGGUGGACAUGGCGUAGCUCUGAUACUUAUCAGUAGUUUCAGCAGUUUGAUUUGACCAUUUUUUUGUUUUUUCUUUUUUUUGUCUGUGUGCUUUUCUCAGUAUGAGCUUUUUGAUCUGCUGGAACUUUAAAACCUACAGUGUGGAGUUGUUUUCACACAUUUUUUUUUAAAGAGAAAACCUUAAAUUUCGCAUCUUUAACCAUGUAUUUCAAUCUUGAUAUUGAGUCAUGAUAUUGCUGUCAUUUUCUCUCAGUGUCCUUUUAUUUCCUUCCUGAUUACUUCCUCUUAAAUCCUUUCUUCCAAAUCUCCUCAGAAAAUCGCAAGUUUAGUUGGAGAUCACGUAACUGAAGGGUUAUCUCUGGCUUUUGCACAGCACUGUAUUUCCACUGGAUUCCUUUUCUACUAUACUCCACUAGAAUAACAGAACAGGGAGGGUGUCAUACCUUAAGCAUGAAUGUGUCAAUGUGAGUCAUCUGAGGUUACAUUCUUUCGUUGGCUCAGAUUUAGUACUGAAUUUCUUCUUUUAUCUGGUUUAACCUGGAAAACCCACACAGGUUUAAAAAAAUAAAAGGUCACUCCAGUUAACAACUGAAGUUUUACAGCUAAUUUUUACCCACAGUGUAUCUGUAAGGCACUGUUUUGUAUAUGUAUGCAUGUUACUGAUCUACAGGCCAGCGGUCAGAGGGGAAGUACCGUAUAGGCAGCUAAUAGCACCACCUGGAAAAACCCAGAAAACCCUUCAUUACUGGCUAACUGACCAAUAAGGGCCCCAUCCAUCCACAAAUGACCCCUUGUUGCUAAGGGAACAAGGUCAAAAUACAAGUCUGAGUCACCACAGAAAGCAGAAGACCAGAUACCUAAUCCUACAGGACCAUGUUAAUGAUUGUUGCUACAGUGACCUUAAACAGUCCACAUGAUUUUCUGUGAAUGAUGAUAUUUAUAUUACAUUUGAUGAUGUUACUGGAAACUCUUUCACUGU